AUGAACCCAAUGAUGAAAGACCCUGCGGCCGGCAUCCCGCCGCAGCUGCUGCCACAUCUGCAUCUCGUCUCCAAAUAUCGUUACCCAAUUACGAGCAAUCCUGCAGUCGAUACCAUUGUCGCAUACCUCCUGGAGGCACCCAAGAUUGUGCGCGACCUGCAGCCUAUGCAAUGGCAGUUCAUCGACACUCCGCCAGACGGCACCUUGAUCCUCGAAUGGCAGCCCCUCGAAUACCUGGGCACAAACUAUGCGAGUGACGGCUUCAUUUGGGCAGACGUGGAGCAUGUGUACAAAUCCGAAGUCCGUGGAUAUACUCUGGAAAUGUUUCUGCAAAGAGCGGGUUUUCGAGCCACGGGCGAAGUCAUGGCAACACACAGCAGAAGACGCUAUCGCCUCCUUCCUGGAAACCCAGCUCAUGGUCUCCCGAACCCUGACCCUAGCUUGUGGUUGACUCACUACUCCAAAGCCUCUCCGCGCGACCACGUACCCGCCGCCAACAUCCCCAUUUUGCCUCAUGUUCAUGCGAUCCUGCAACAGCGUCGCAUGAUUCAGAGCCAAGGGCAACUCCCUAGAAAGGACUUUAUGCUGCACGAUCGAUCAAAUUGGCCCACGAUGCACCUGCCUCCGGGGGUACCCAGAGGACCUGCCCAAGGACAAAUUCCUCCCGGGGUUGGUCAUAGAAGAGGUGCCAGCAUCACCCAAGACACGACAGUGGAGGAGGAAGAAGACGUUUCUCGUGGUGACUUGCUUGAUUUUAUGGCUCCCAGAGACAUCAGCCGGGUUCGGUAUGAGCAACACCAUGAAUGGAUGGAGGAGCUAAUUGAGUCGCCAUAUCCCACCCUCUCCAUCAUCCCCAGCGACUUGGGUUUUGGGCGUAAGGGCCAGCUGGAAGAACUGACCAAAGAUUUCUUCGACGCUCCUGUCUCGGCGGCGAGAGAACCCAGCAAUGGGCCGCCGCCACGAGUUGGGAAACUGCCUGCUGGCCAAGCUGAUAACUUCAUCAAACGGGCUUCUGAAAAGCUAGCCAAAAUGCAAGAAGAGCUAGAAGAAAUGAGGAAACGGCACGCUCGCAGACUGGAAAAACUGCGUCGCUCCACGACCUUGACAGCCGCCGAGAAGAAGUUGCGGACGGCGCCGGAUGUGGCAGGGAGACCAAGUAUCUCCAAAGAUGGUCCCAGUGGCGAUGCCGACAUCGUCACGCGAGACCCGAUUGAUAACAUCAUGGAAACAGUAGAGUCAGACAUGGGCCAGAAGCUGACAAAGACCAAUACCGUGACGCUGAUUUCAAGAGGGGGCUUGGAGGAGCGAAAUAAAGUCACUGCAGCCCCUCCCCAGCCUCCAGCUGCGGUCGUUUCUUCGCCAGAGAAGACUAUCCAAACUCUUCCCAACGCAGGAAGUUCCAGCGCUCAACAACCGUCACAGCCACAGCCGCAGCUGAGCGCAACUAUGGUCGACGAGCCAAAGCAAGAGCAGCAACAAACCUUUGCGGUCACCAACGAGCAGCAAACCCCGGUGACCGCGGAAGCAGUCCCUGCACCAUCUGAAGCCCAAACGGCACAGUCUACGGAGGUCAAACAGCAGCCUGAAGAAGCCAACCAGCAAGCCGAAGAACUUCCGCAAAUGGACGAUCUUGUCACAGAUGUGAACAUGGAUGGUAUGGACGACCAAGUUGAAAAUGUCAACCAAGACGGAGACGAAUGGGUUAUGAUUGGGGAAGAUGGGGGUCAGAACGACUUGGAAAUUCCCGAGAUGGCAGAUGAAGAUCAACAGCACGAAAAUCAUGCUGUAGCCGAUGCCUCUGGGGACCAGUCCAAUAAUGGCCAGAGCACUGACCAGCCACAGCAAGUUCAGGCUGAGCCUCCUCCGGACGGAGCACUGAACACUCCGGAUUUCGGAAUGGGAGGGGAUUUUGAUAAUGUCGAAGUGGACACAGCUGGGGAUGCGCUUGCAAGUUAUGAGAACGAUGACGACUUGAACCUGGACGGCAUGGAAGGCUCUGCCUUUGGAGACGCUUUCCACCCUGAGGAAGAUGAGGAGAUCUCGUAG